AUGGGAAACUGCUUGUUGGGGGGCAUAUCAGAUCCUGAAACAAUAAUCAAAGUGAUAACAUCUAAUGGUGGCAUCAUGGAAUUCUGUGCUCCUGUUACUGUGAGUUUCAUCACCAAUGAGUUUCCGGGGCAUGGCAUAUUCCCAAGCCAUGAUCUCUCUAUGAAGCCAUUGUGCCAAUUUGAUGAGUUGGUUUCAGGACAGUCUUACUAUUUACUUCCACUCAACAACCAAGGUGAACACCCUUCAGCCUCUGGUGGUGACGGCGGUGGUGACGACAGUGGUGGUGGCAACCACAUCAUCAAACAAGGCCAUGUUCGUUCUCAAAGUGUUCCUACAACCACUUACCCUGCCCCAUAUAGAAUGUCAUUGAACUACCAACACCACCAAGGAGUGGGGUUGUUGAAGAGGAACCCCAUAGAACCUUUUUCUUGUAGGAUUAGUAGAACUAUUACUAAAAAUAGUAGUAGGUUCUGGAAAGUGAAACUGGCGAUAACUCCAGAACAUUUGAUGGACAUUUUGUCACAAGAGGCUCUCACCAAGGAGUUGAUAGAGAGUGUACGGAUUGUAGCCAAAUGUGGGGUUUCUGCAGGUAGCAUUUCAUCUGCUGCUACUUCAGCAGGCACAGUUUCUGAUAAGUGGAGCCUUUCCAGCAGUGGUAGGAGUGCUUCCUCUAAGAUUGAUGCCUUAGUGGUAAACAUUUAG